CUGAGCGCAGGCCCCGGCGCGGCGCUGACGUGUCGGCGGAGCGGCGGCGGUGCCCGGAGCGCCAUGUCGAAGGUCACCUUCAAAGUGACGCUCACCUCGGACCCCCGGCUGCCCUACAAAGUGUUAAGUGUGCCUGAAAGCACACCUUUCACAGCUGUCCUGAAGUUCGCUGCAGAAGAAUUCAAAGUUCCUGCAGCAACAAGUGCCAUUAUAACAAAUGAUGGUAUAGGAAUAAACCCUGCACAGACAGCAGGAAACGUAUUUCUAAAGCAUGGGUCAGAUCUCCGGCUUAUUCCCAGGGAUCGAGUUGGGAGUUCAUAACAUCUCCUGAAAGCUGUGGAAUAAGUGACAUUUCCUUGCAGUAGAGGUCGAUUUAUUUUGAAACUCCAAAAUGCAUCUAAUGAAUUGGAUUUUUUUAAAGCUAGCAAAAAUGACUUCCCAGGAUUUGAUUUGGUUUUGGUUUGGGGUUUUUUUUGAAACAGAGAUAAAGUUUUAUUUUCUUGUCAAAAUACAUUAACUUAUGUGCUGAUUCUUCCCUGACUAGUAAAAGAAUGGGCUGAUUUCAUGUUUUGUUGCUGUAAGAAAGAUGGACUUCUCUGUAGGUGUUACUGACACCACGAGGGUAAACACACAGCCACCAUCAAUUGAUAUUUAAAAUACUGGGUAUUGUUGAGCCUACUCUGUGAAAGGGGAAAUGGUGUUACGAUUUUGCUACAAAGAAAUUAUUCCUACUGAGUGCUAAAAGUUUUUUUUUUUCCCUGUACUUUUUUUCUGAAUUUACUUCCAUGUUUAGAGGAACAGCUUUCACCUGGUUCAAGUAUUAAGCUCAAGUAGAAGGGAAAUUUCAGGAGUUUAUCACUCAUAUAGCUGCCAAAUGUUCCAAAGUAAUUUCAAGAUUUAAUUACUGAAAGUACAUUAGAUAAAGGAGAAAACAGAGGUUUCUGUGUCUUAAAAUAUUUUAUGUCAUUUGAUGUACUGUGAAGUAAAAUGAAACACAGUUUCAAAGAAUUUGAGACCUACUCUUCUCACAUGAAGUGCCAUCAGCUGAAAAGGAUUGCAAUGUAAUUUGGGAAUUUGUAGGUACUGGUCAAAUAUGUCAUCACAUUCCUUUUUCAGUAAACUAAUACUGAUUCUUUCCAGAAGUCUUGUUUUGUCACUGCCUGUUACAUGGGAAACAGCAUAGAAUUUACUGAAAUGUUUGUGUUCAGGUUAUAAAUUGUCAGGUGUAAACUAUCAGUCAUGUAUUUUGAGCAAUUGCUGCUUUUCUUGAACUGGUUAUCUACCCUGUGUUUUAAUGUAUUUGGCAAAAUCUUACCAUAUUGCAUUUUUCUCUCUCCUACUGAGUGGAACAGAAAUUGCAAUGGGCAAUGUAGUGCUUGGUUAAAUGAGAACUGUCACAAAUACAACUGUCUUGUGCAAUAGUUGUGCUCUAGAAAGAUGUUCAGGCAAUGUGUCAAAAAAAACAAAGUACAAAAUGCCCUUCUGAGUAUAUAGAGAAAAACUCAUCAGAAAUCAAUAUUUGACUAUAAACAUAUUCCAAAUCAAGAUAAAUUGUAAAAUUCUGUAUUUUUAUUUUAAUAAACAAUUAUAUGAAACAAGUGCAAACAUUGCUUCUCUCUUAUUCUUAAUUAGAUUUUGACAGUAAUUAAAAACUCUUCCCUUUAACCU